AUGAACUCGCUCACUCGGCGCCUCGACAAGUACGGCGGAAAAAUAACAAAAGAGGAAAUCGAGGCCGCCUUUUGCGAAACCGAAGCCGCCCGCCAGGAGCAUGUCGAGUAUUCGAGAAAGACAUCCUUUGACAUGCAAGAGUCGCAAGCGAUGCAGAACAAGAUGUUCGUAACGGUGUUCCCGCUGGUGGCUAAGAAUAUGUCUCUCGAUGCGAAGCACGAUGUGAGCAGAAGCGUCAUGUUCAACACGGCAAAGCUGGAAAAGCUCCCACUGCCCUACCGCCCGCACUUUAUACCAUUCCAGGACGAGCUGCCGGCAAAGAAAAUUGCCAAUGGCCUUUGGAAUGCCGGUGCAGUCGCGGCGUACGCCGGGCUGUGGGUGGGCGCCAAGGCGCUUUGUACGUCAAACGACGCGCCGGCUUCGUUUCUCAAAACCAUUUUUCGUCACCUUACGGGACUGGGGCAGAAUUCAGUGCCCGCUUCGGGAAGUGCUACUCCGGCAGCACUGUACACUACCUCUCUGCUCAGCACCAUGGCCGUCUACUGGACGCUCGAGAGAUACCGGCGGUGCAAUAGACAAGCAAUGCUUGGCCCUCUAACGAAGCACACGGUAUUUUACUCGAUGGCCGCAGACGUCGUUGGUGCCUCAGCCGUCGUGCCCGCCUACCUGAGCCUCUCGGCCAUUAAGAGCGCAGGUGCUGUGGCUACCAUUAUGGUUGGACGGCCGGUACGACUGGCUGCCAUCAAGUCACUUGUGCCUGCUACUAUUGUUAGCUUUGCCAUCGCGGCUGUUGCUUUCUGGGUGGCAGCGCCGUCUAAGGGCGGCGUCGAGGCUACAUCUCUUUGGAGGCUCGCACCGCUACUCAUCGCCCCAGUGACGCAAAUCAUCUAUUCUCAAACCAAGGACGAGCAACUCCUAAAGAAUGACAAGAAGGGUUUCCUGGAUAUUGACAAUAGUGACCUACCCGCUCUCAAGUCACUCUACGGGGCACUAACUGGGGCUGCGGCGGCUGCGCACCUGGGUUUUGUAGUAAUGCCAUGGCUCAAUGGCUCGUCCCUACCAACCCUGCCGCUGGACAUGUUCAGGAACCGAGAAGUUUUUGUUUUGGCGGGCAGUCUCCUCGGUGGCGCAAUUACCAGCAUCGUCGGCACGAGACUACAGGGCUACGUGACGACCCGGGGUGCUGUUCGCACAGGAUUGCUGUCUUUGCUGGCACUUCCAGUUGUUGGACCUGCAGCUGUCUUUACCGGUGUUCGUUACUGGAAAGAAGUUACCACGGCCAAAUUUUGCUUCUGGAAGCCUGAGAAAGACAGUUCUAAGGCAUGA